CUCUGGUGACGGUUGCUCCGACACUUUCUACCAUGGUUCAGAUUCAGUCGCUUACUCCGGUGGUGCUUAUCUUGUCGGCCCUCGCAGGAGCACAGGCGUUUACGACAGACCGAUUCGGCUCAAUGAGAUCGUCUCCAUUGGCGCUAGCUACGACUACUGGCGCUACCGAGACCUUAACUGUCAAGCCGAUCAAGAGUCUUGAUGGAACGGUGACCCUCCCUGGUUCCAAAUCUCUGAGCAACCGCUGCCUUUUGCUGGCUGCCUUGAGCGAAGGCAAGACGCGUGUCAACAAUCUUUUGGAUUCCGACGACAUUUGUUACAUGCUGCAAGCCUUGGAACAACUCGCGGUUCCUGUGGAACGCCAUUCUGAUGAUUCUGUAACGGUAACGGGAAAGGCCGGUCCGAUCAACUCACCUACUCCGGAAAAGGUAUGUGAGCUUUUUUUGGGAAACGCAGGAACUGCUAUGCGUCCUCUAGCAGCUGCCUUGUGUAUGGGCAAAGGAAAGUUUUUGCUGGACGGAGUUUCCCGUAUGCGAGAACGUCCGAUCGCAGAUUUGGUUGAUGGACUCAAACAGUUGGGAGCAGAUGUGUCCUGUGUUGAAGAAUCAGGAUGCCCUCCGGUCACAAUCAAUGCAAAUGGUUUGCAGGGUGGAUGCGCCUCCAUUAGUGGAAAGAUGUCUUCGCAAUUCCUUUCAUCGUUGCUGAUGGCUGCUCCAUUAGUCGACGGUGACAUCAACAUUUCCAUCAAAGACGAGCUCAUUUCUGCUCCAUACGUUGCUCUUACCAUUGGUUUGAUGAAGAAAUUCGGUGUCAACGUUGAUAUUGAGGGGGAUAUGGACGGUGCCCCUUCCUUCAAGAUUGCUUCCUCCGAAAAAUAUAUCAGCCCAAAGUCUAUCUUGGUUGAAGGUGAUGCAAGCUCAGCAAGUUACUUUGUGGCAGGCGCUGCGAUAACGGGUGGAACUGUGACCGUCCGCGGAUGUGGAUCCGAGAGUGUACAAGGUGAUGUUGCGUUUGCCAAUGUUAUGGAACAGAUGGGCGCUACGAUCACCUGGGCUCCGGAAAGCAUCACCGUCACACGAGACCCGUCUGUGAAGCUCAAGGGCGUCGAUGUGGACUGCGGAAAGAUUCCAGAUGCUGCCAUGACUUUGGCUGUAGCAGCUCUCUUUGCAGAAGGGCCCACAACGAUUCGGAAUGUUUAUUCAUGGCGACUGAAGGAAACAGAGCGAAUGAAAGCGAUUGUGGCCGAAUGUACCAAGCUUGGGGCAAUCGUGGAAGAGUUUGAAGACUAUUGUAUAAUUCACCCUCCAAAGGACAACAUUAUCAACGAUAACGUACUGAUUGAGACGUACGACGAUCACCGAAUGGCUAUGACGUUCAGUCUGGUGGCGUGUGGGGGUGUGAGCGUCAUCAUUAAUGAUCCCGGCUGCACGGGGAAAACAUUUCCAACAUAUUUCGAGAUGUUAGAAAGUAUCUCAUCUCACUAA